GGCCAGGUGUGUCACGGUCAAGAUCGGCUCAAAAGCGGAGGAAGCGGCCGGGCGGUGCUCAGUGCGCUCCGAACUGCAGUCCCGACUCGACCUGUCCCGCACGCCCUACGAUCACGAUGGUUCACAGCGCAGGCCUCCUGGUGGCCGCGCUGGCGGCGGUCUGCUUCAGCAGCGUCUCAGGUUCGAUCUACUACUACCAGUCCACGCCCGCGCCCUACACCCCGUACCGCUACUCGUACUACCGAGCUCUAGGUAUGUCCUCUAGCGCGGACCCCUGCUACCCCAACCCCUGCGGCCGCAACGCCCUCUGCAGGGAGGCCAAUGGUCGGCCCGUCUGCUCCUGCCUGCCCGGCCACCAGGGCAACCCCCUCACCUACUGCCAGCGCGGGGAGUGCCAAGACAGCAGCGACUGCCCGCACAACCGCAAGUGCCAGAACUACGAGUGCGUGGACGCGUGCGCGGGGACGUGCGGCAUCAACGCCAACUGCGAGGUGCGCAACCACAUCCCCGUGUGCUCGUGCCCGCCCCAGCACACCGGGGACCCCAUCAGCAGCUGCCGCCGCAUGGACCCCCAGGAGCUGUGCACGCAGACGACGUGCGGCCGCAACACGCGCUGUGACGUCAUCAACCUGGUGCCGACGUGCUCGUGCCUGCCGGGCUACAAGGGCUCGCCGCUGCAGGGCUGCUACCACGAGUGCGAGACGGACGCGGAGUGCGGCCGGGGCCAGCAGUGCCGCGACUUCACCUGCUCCGCGGCCUGCACGGCGGGCACGUGCGGCGACAACGCCAACUGCGAGGUGCGCAACCACCGCGCCGUGUGCUCGUGCCCCGCCGGCUACCUGGGCGACCCCUACACGUCGUGCCGCGCCGAGUGCCUGAGCCACGGCGACUGCCCGCGUGACCGGCCGUCGUGCGUGGCGGCGCGCUGCACCAACCCCUGCCUGGGCGUGUGCGGCAUCAACGCCGAGUGCAAGGUGCGGGACGCCACCGCCAUCUGCAGCUGCCCCCGCGACAUGACCGGCGACCCCUUCGUCUCCUGCAGGCCCUUCGAGAAGCGUGACCUCUGCGACCCGAACCCCUGCGGCGAGAACGCGCAGUGCCAGCCCGGCUACGACCGCUCCGGCAAGGACCGGCCCGUGUGCACGUGCCUGCCCGGCUACAAGGGCGACGCGCUGAGCUACUGCCGUCGCGGCGAGUGCUCCACGUCGUCGGACUGCGCCAACCACCAGGCCUGCCUCAACUACGAGUGCCGCGACGCGUGCGCCGGCCAGUGUGGCGUCAACGCGGACUGCAGGGCCAGGGACCACGUGGCCGUGUGCACCUGCCCGCCCGGCUUCACCGGCGACGCCGUCAGCCAGUGCAGCGCCCUGCCCCAGGCCCGCGCCAACGAGUACGUCUCGUCCAGGUCCGGAGAGUACGUCUCCACCAGGUCGGGCGGCUACUGGCGCUACGGCCGCUACUACUACUAGCAGUGUGUGCGUGUGAGCCCGUUUCCCGCCGGGAUCUGUACAUAGCCUCUUUCACUCAGGAUUUUUUUUUUGUUCUCCUAUUUUAUUUUGUUUAAAAGAAGGAAGAAAAUUUUUCAUACGUGAAAAUUUAGUUUCGAACGAGCGCCCCUCGAGAGCGUGCUGAUUCAACCGCAUUAAUCCCAUUAAUCCAAAGUUAUCGAAAAGGGAAGAAAAAUAACAUCACCUGGGAAAGAAAUGUUCAUAUCUUCAGAACGAUUUUUUUUGUUGACGCCUCUGAAUAAAAUGUUACGUUUACGAA